AGAGAGGUGCGCUGGUGGGACGAUCCUGCCAAGCACGUACCACCCCGCGCGUACCUAUUUAUUGGCAAGGCCACGCCAGCGGCGCGCCAGUGCGCAGACGACGGUCGGACGCGCUGUAUCUGCUACUACUGUGACCACCGCGCAGCCGCAUACACGUUGCACAUAAUAUUAUGAUCGAUUGAUAAAAACGGACAUUUCAGUUCAGUUCCUUUUAUUUGUUUAUUUAAAAAAAGGUUCACUAUGAUUUCGAUACUAUCAAAUUCUAAACUUUUGUGGGGACUAUGUCAAGUGGUGAACUACUGUGUGGCGCCUACAUCGCUGCCGCUUCUGCUGGCGGCUUGUGCUGCUCUGCUAGCAGCCCGGCUGGCGCAGCUGGUGCAGGAAGCCCGCAAGCUGCCGCCGGGUCCGUGGGGACCGCCGGUCGUCGGCUACCUGCCUUUCCUCGGCGUGCGCCACAAGACCUUCCUGGAGCUUGCGCGCAGCUACGGCGCGCUGUUCUCUGCGCGCCUGGGCAAUCAGCUCACAGUCGUGCUUAGUGACUAUCGGCUCAUCAGAGAAGCUUUCCGGCGGGAAGAAUUCACCGGACGCCCCAGCACGCCUUUGAUGCAUACUUUGGAUGGUCUAGGUAUCAUCAACAGCGAGGGCCGCCUCUGGAAAAGUCAGCGCCGUUUCCUCCAUGAAAAACUACGCGAGUUCGGAAUGACCUACAUGGGAAACGGCAAAAAAAUCAUGGAAGCCAGAAUUAAGAACGAAGUGCAUGACCUGAUAUCCAAUCUACGCAAUUCAGAGUGCACUCCAAUUGAUCCUAAUCCGCUCUUGGCUCUUGGCGUAUCCAACGUAAUCUGCGGCAUAACGAUGUCCGUCCGCUUCAGCCACGGGGAUACGCGUUUCACCAGGCUGAACCAUUUAAUCGAAGAAGGGAUGAGACUUUUCGGAGAAAUCCACUACGGCGAGUACAUCCCCCUUUACAAUUAUUUACCCGGUAAAGCCCAAGCCCAAGUGAAAGUUAUGCAAAAUCGCGACGAAAUGUUUGCAUUUUAUCAAACACUAAUUGAUGAACAUCGCGCUACAUUGGAUCUUGACAACGCACGAGACCUCAUCGAUGUUUACCUGAUUGAGAUCGAAAAAGCAAAGCUUGAAGGAAGAGCCGGAGAAUUGUUCGAAGGACGAGAUCACGAAUUACAAUUAAAACAAAUCCUGGGAGAUCUAUUUUCUGCGGGCAUGGAAACAAUUAAAUCAUCCCUAUUAUGGAUGCUCGUGUUCAUGCUCAGAAAUCCAGAAGUCAAGAGACGAGUUCAAGAGGAACUCGACGCUGUGGUUGGUCGGGAGCGACUACCUACAAUCGAAGACAUGCCAAAUUUGUCGUACACUGAAACCACCAUCUUGGAGACUUUGAGAAUGUCGAGCAUUGUCCCUCUUGCUACGACUCAUUCACCAACAAAGGACGUACAUCUGAACGGAUACAAAAUUCCGGCUGGAUCACAAGUUGUACCCCUCAUCAACUGCGUGCACAUGGAUCCCAACCUUUGGGACGAGCCCGAAAAGUUCAAUCCAAGCAGAUUCCUCGAUGAGGACGGAAAGAUCAGACGCCCGGAAUAUUUCAUGCCCUUCGGGGUGGGGCGGCGGAUGUGUCUUGGUGAUGUGCUCGCACGCAUGGAGAUGUUCAUGUUCUUCGCGUGCGUGAUGCACCAGUUCGACGUGCAACUAGCGGAGGGCGCGGACUCGCCUUCCCUGGAAGGCACUGUGGGUGCUACUAUCGCUCCGCAAGCCUUCCGCCUGCGGUUUAUCCCGCGCUCACCACCCGCGCCGCUGGUGCCGGUCGUGCCCGACCACCCGCAUCUGCGCCACGUCGGUGCGCACUAAACCCCGAUGAGUAAUUAGAUUCCAAAAAAAAUCCAAUGAUUGGCACUGUCAUUAAUAAGAGUCAACAAUAACAGUGACUUGUAAUAUAGUCAGAAACGUUAUUGAUUCUUAAAAUUGAUGACCAGUGCAAUAUGCAAAUUUAGUCCCAUAAAAGAAUUUUCGUUUCAUAUUAUAGUGUUUAUAUGUACAAAAAGCAAUUCAGAAAGUGGGUAUCCAUUGUGUCUAUAUAAAUUUAUUAUCUAAUUCGGAAAUGUAUUCAUGUAUUUCUUGUAUUUGUUGGCACAUAUUAGUCUCAUUGCGAGGCUUCGGAGUCUUUAUAAUAUCUUCUCUGCCUUUAUAAUAAAAUAACCUUGUAAAUUGAAACGAAAACACGUUGAAAUUUUUUUGGAAUCUAAUUAUAAAUCAGGAUGUAUUCGACGCGGCUUCCCUGCCACUUUACCCACCAGUAUUUACUGAUCACUCGUUUUAGAGCGCAUCGACGACCAUUUAUUUAAGUUAUAUUAAGUAAGUAACGACGUCGCUGAAGCGACAGUCGAGGCUGUGCAUAAAGUGUUCAAUUUAGUAGAUAACAGAAUUAUAGACGUAUUGAAAACUCCCAUCGUUGAGAUUAUGAAAUGUUUUUCGUAUAUGUAAACAGUAUUAAAAAAACAAGAAGUUUUCUUGAGUGACCUGUAAGGUCUUUGGAAUUUACACCAUACGAAGUACAUUUGUGAAAUUUGAUCAAUGUAAGCACUAAUUAAGUUCUAGUAUACCAAAAUUGUAUAUUCAUUCUAGGUCAUUAUUUAUUAAGAUCACUUAGAAGAGUGCCUGUUUGAGUGAGAUCUCAUGUUUGUUGUGUUGAAUAUCAUUAUGUUUCGAUAGGGUUUGCAAGUGUUCAUAUGUAACUUUUCUAGUUAACACGAUAUUAUAUUGUACCUUUCAAGACUAUAAGAUAACAUUCCAUCAUAGUUUAGGUUCAACCAGUAACUAGUCUACAUAAUAUUAAAUAUUUAAGUGAUCUUUAAUUAUCAGUUGGAAGUAGAGAAUUUCAACUUUGUGCAACCAAGUUGCUCUGUACUGAACUUAUAUUUAUACUUUCAGCUCACCGCUAUAUAGUAUAUUACCAAUACAUUCGCCUUGUAAAUAUAGCUAUUAACAGAGAAUACAAAUUUGUAUUUCAGAAAUAAAUGAAGAAAAGAUAAAACAUAAA